CCAAAAAAAGGAAAACCCAUUAAGCUAUUAAGUCUUUCAGUCUCAUACAUACUCUUCUCCUCCCCACCAUUAGCACUUAUCAGCUAACCUCAGCCAUGGCUUCCACCAAGUUGUUCUUCUCAGUCAUUACUGUGAUGAUGCUCAUAGCAAUGGCAAGUGAGAUGGUGAAUGGGAGUGCAUUUACAGUAUGGAGUGGUCCAGGUUGUAACAACCGUGCUGAGCGAUAUAGCAAGUGUGGAUGCUCAGCUAUACAUCAGAAGGGAGGCUAUGACUUCAGCUACACUGGACAAACUGCUGCUCUCUACAACCAGGCUGGAUGCAGUGGUGUUGCACACACCAGGUUUGGGUCCAGUGCCAGGGCAUGCAACCCUUUUGGUUGGAAGAGUAUCUUCAUCCAAUGCUAGAUUUCAUAACUCUUGGAUCCAUCUUCUAUGUUUUUCAAGUGUAUAAUUAGAGAGAUGCAUGGAUAUAUAAUAAAUAAGUAAAAGCUAUGGUAUCAUCAUGUGAUGAUUUUUACCCAAAAAAAAAAAAUUAUCAUGUGAUGAUGAAGUUGUAAUAGUAUUAGUAGUAAUAAGUACUCCCUGUACGACCCCAAAUGGAAGUCUUUGUACAUGGGAGUCAUGGACUCAAGGUUCCUUUUAUCUAAGCUUAUCCAUGGCACUAGCUGUGUUUAUUUUA